AUGUUUCAAUUCUCCCUUCGAGACAAAGCAAAGCAUUGGUUGAGAACGGUUGAAGAGGGAUCGUUGAGUACUUGGGAUGAGGUGACUAGAGCUUUUCUUGGGAAGUAUUGCCCUCCCGAGAAAACCGCUGAAUUAAGACGGAAGAUCACAAACUUCAACCAAGAGGUUGAUGAAACUUUGAGUGAAGCAUGGGAGCGGUUCAAAUAUUAUACUAGAGCAUGCCCUCACCACGGUUUCACCUCAUGGAUCAUAGUGCAAAGCUUCUAUGAUGGUCUUACUCCUACCUCAAGGGCCAACCUUGAUUCGGGAGCCGGAGGUAGCCUUAAAAAGCUAUCGGUUGACAAGGCCUACAAAAUGAUUGAGGAAGUGGCUAAGCAUUAUGCUUAUGGAGGUGAUAAAAGGCCAGGUCAACCCAAGAAGGGCGGUAAGCAUGAUCUUAAAGCAAUAGAUCUUAUUGCUUCAAAGGUUGAUAUGUUAGCUCGAAAGCUAGAUCAAGUGAACAAUGUGCCCGGUAGCUCCUCCCCACAAGUCAUGUCUUGUGAGACUUGUGGAGGAAAUGACCACUUAGAAUCCUAUUGCAACACUACAAUGGAGCAUGUGGCUUCACUUGGUAGGAAUGAUCCUUACUCCCAAACUUUUAACCAAGGUUGGAAAGAACAUCCAAAUUUUGGGUGGAAACAACCCAAUCAAGCUCCCCCUCCUCAAAACAAUUACAACCAAGCUCCUCCUUACAAUCAACCCCCUCCACAACAACAAGCUCCCUAUCGCCACCCCAAUCAAAGAGAAAAUGUCCAACAAAGACCCCAAUACAAUCAAGCCCCUCCUCCUCCAAAAUCCAACAUUGAAUCCGUUUUGGAAACCUUCAUGACCCAACAAAUCAAAAUCAAUGGGGAAGUUAGUAGCUCAAUUCAACAACUCCAAGCACACAACAAGAUGAUUGAACGUCAAUUAUCUCAAAUUGCACAACAAGUUGGGUGCACCUCUAACCCCGGUGGUCAAUUUCCAAGCACAACGGUAAUGAAUCCAAAAGAGCAAGCGAAAUCAAUCACCUUUAUUAUGGAAGGAGGGUAUGAAACUCCAAUUAUGAGAGAAAAUGUUGCCAAAAAGGGAGAUGAGGGAGAUAGUUGGGUAGAUGAAAGUGAGUUUGAAAAUAAAGUGAGUGAGGAGGCGAGAGGAAGGUCAAAAAUGAGUGAUGAGGGUGCCUCAAAGAGAGAUGAUGGAGAAGUGAAGAGUCAAGCUCCAUUGAGAGCAUAUGAGCCUCAUAUUCCAUUCCCUCAUAGAAUGAUAGAGAAGAAUCUAAAUGAGAAACUUUCUAAGUUCCUUGAUGAAAUGGAAGGACUUCAAUAA